AUCAGCGGCAUGUGGCUGAUAUCCAGAAGAUACCCAGUUCCCGCAGCCCACAGGGGUACAGUGUAUGGGAUGAGCAGGCCUGUUCUGGAGAUCCAUCAGUCUAGAUGCUACUCUUCUGGAGGAAGAAAGGGUUUUAUAUCAGGUUUUGUGGAGAACAUCAAGCAGGAAUUAGCAAAAAACAAGGAGAUGAAAGAAAGCAUUAAAAAAUUCCGAGAUGAAGCCAAAAAGCUAGAAGAAUCUGAUGCGCUUCGAGAAGCCAGGAGGAAAUAUAAAACUAUUGAAUCUGAAACAGUGAAGACCUCAGAAGUGAUAAAGAAGAAACUCGAAGAAAUAACUGGUACAGUUAAAGAGAGUUUGGAUGAAGUGAGUAAGAGUGAUAUUGGCCGAAAGAUAAAGGAAGGUGUGGAAGAAGCAGCGAAAACAGCAAAGCAGUCUGCGGAGUCAGUGACAAAAGGAGGGGAGAAAUUAGGCAAGACAGCAGCCUUCAAAGCUAUUUCUCAGGGAGUAGAAACCGUUAAGAAGGAAAUAGAUGAAAGUGUUUUAGGGCAGACUGGUCCUUACAAACGUCCGGAGCGACUACGAAAAAGAACAGAAUUCUCAGGCGAGAGGAUUAAAGAGGAGCGAAUAUUUGAAGCUAAUGAGGAGGCCAUGGGUGUGGUGCUGCAUAAAGACUCAAAAUGGUAUCAGCAGUGGAAAGAUUUCAAGGACAACAAUGUGGUCUUCAAUAGGUUCUUUGAAAUGAAAAUGAAGUAUGAUGAAAGUGAUAAUGCAUUCAUUCGCGCUUCCAGAGCUGUCACAGACAAAGUCACGGACUUAAUAGGUGGAUUGUUCUCGAAGACAGAAAUGUCUGAAGUUUUGACAGAGAUACUCAAAGUGGAUCCAUCCUUUGACAAGGACCGAUUUUUAAAGCAAUGUGAAUAUGAUAUAAUCCCCAAUGUCUUGGAGGCUAUGAUAUCUGGAGAGCUUGAUAUCCUCAAAGAUUGGUGCUAUGAGGCGACUUACAGUCAGCUUGCUCAUCCAAUCCAGCAAGCCAAAGCCAUGGGUCUUCAGUUCCACUCCAGGAUUCUUGACAUUGACAACAUUGAUCUGGCUAUGGGGAAGAUGAUGGAGCAGGGACCAGUGUUAAUCAUCACUUUUCAGGCUCAGGUUGUGAUGGUAAUUAAGAACCAGAAAGGGGAGGUGGUGGAAGGUGAUCCGGACAAGGUUCUGCGGAUGCUGUACGUGUGGGCGCUCUGCAGGGACCAGGAUGAGCUCAACCCCUAUGCCGCGUGGAGGCUAUUGGACAUUUCCUCGUCCAGCACCGAGCAGGUUCUCUGA